AUGGUUUCGGAAGAGCUCCUCGAUAAAUGCCUGGAGAUUCUCCAGGACCAGGCUCUGGACGAAGAAGAACAGGUGGAGAAGGUCGAAGACUAUCUGCGCGAUAAGACCUCGCUCUCUGGGUCGUCGCUGGAGAACGCCGUGCUGGACAUCCUCUGGCGCCAUCGCAACCGCUCGCGACCCGACUCGUCUCCCCCUCCAGUUCGCCAUACAGUAAUCCGCAGAUCAUCUCCGGCACCAUGGCAGAUGCAGCGUGCCGCAACGCCGCUCUCUCCUCACUCAAAUCUGGGGACCAGCCCUGGGAGUACCUCGUGGGUGCAGAGCUCGCGCGGGGCAUUCUCCCGACCUCCGCUUUCCUCAACGGCAUCUCCGUUUACCUCGCCGCGCCCAUCGCCCCGACUCGCUCUUGCGCAACCAAUCCCUCACUCUCCCAGUUUACAUGCCUAUGAAUUCUCGGAUCAAAGCCAAAUUUCUGAAUUUUACCCUGAUUUUGGUAAUGACAGUAAUGUCGACUGGCUAGUGGGAGAUGAUGCGAAUAGUACUACUUCCUCCACGGGUCUUAGUGUCCCUGCGUCGCUCAGCGCGACGGCGGUGGAAUUUGUGCCCGACAUGAGCCCUCAUGAUAUUUUGCGCACGGUUUUAGGUGACAAGCGCUCAAAUGACGAGAUCGAAACGGCCCUGGAGGCCAACGGAUAUGAUCUCGGGGCCACCAUCGCAUCCCUGACGCAAGAGGCUGAUGCGGAUGGAUUUUCCCGGCAACAAGACGGUCGCGUAGUAGUCGGAAAGUCCAUGGUCAUGGAGCAGCGACCAGUCACGCCCUCGGGACACAGCCGCAGUCCCAUUGUCUGCAAGUACUGGCUGUCUACUGGACAGUGUCUGCGCGCAGACUGUCGCUUCAGUCAUGACUUGACAAGUCAUCUGUGCAAAUAUUGGGUGAUGGGUAGUUGCCUGGCUGGCGAUGGGUGUCCAUUUUCACACGACCCCGAGAAGCUAAUAUCCAACAUCAGUCUAUCAGGUGGUAGUCGACCCGCCUCGCCCGCUGGAUCGCCGUUCCAAAUGGACAACGGCUCCGAUGCUUUCCCACCUUUGCAAUCGUCAGGUGGGUUGGAGGACCAAUGGGCAAAUCAAUCUGGCGGCCGGUAUCCUUCCAAUCUCUCCGGCGCUAAAGCGAUGCCUCCAGGACUCCACCCCAGCAUGGGCAGACGGAAUGGGAGCAUGACCCAUUUAGGACGGCCGAACUCACGCCCAACUAGUCGUCAUCAGAAUCGAGAGCUGAAUCCCACUGCUCCAUCCGUAGAUGAUCCAGAUGCAUUUCCAACUCUCGCUGCUGUGAGUGCGAAGAAUGCCGGCAAGAAGCACAACGGCAAGCGAGGCAACCGCGACUUGGCCAAAGAGAACAUUCCCUCCUCUCUGGCAGACGUCGUUCGAAUGACACCAUCCCCUACUCCAAACAAGGGGAAGUCCACCUCCAAAACUGGGAAAGACACCAAGAGUCGUGAGAAUAGUGCGGCUGCCAUGUCAAUACCAGCUCCACAGAACAUCCCUUGGCUCGAGACUGGCGUGCGGGCGAACCAGCAAUACAUCAAGUACCGCACGGAAGCGAUCCGCCAUGGCACCGUGCGAAACAAGUUUCUCCAGAGCGCUGCCCAAGCCUGGAACAGGAACGACGCUCGAGCUGCCAAGGCACUGUCACUCCGAGGCCAAGCAGAGAACGACGCAAUGCGUCGUUGUCACCGAGAAGCUGCACGUCAGCUGUACGAAGAACGCAAUCAACAUCACACCCAGGCUGGCCUGGACGAAACCUCGGAAGAGCUCUACAUUGACCUGCAUGGCCUACACCCAGAGGAAGCGAUUGAAUACCUGGAAAAGAUUCUCCUCAAGCAUUCCCGUGAAGGUAUGCGGGUGGUCUAUGCAAUCACUGGCACCGGCCACCACUCGAAGAACGGCAAAGACAAGAUCGGCAAGGCUGUCAAGGCCUGGCUUAACGAAUGGCGAUACUUGUUUCGGGAAUUCAGCGUUCCUGGGGAGCGCGGAGGUUAUGUCGGUGGCAUCCUCGGCAUUGAUCCAACAAGCUACGACAAGUCUAUGGCCAAGAGUAUAGCGGAAGACGAUUCGGUGGGAAUGGAUGGUACACAACCAAAUCUCACGUUAGGCAAGAUUCAACUGCUCAAGCGCGAGGACAUAGAAACACAGAGUCAAUGA